GUGAAUUGGGACGUCCCGGGAGAUGGUUUGAUGCCUUUUGGCAUUUUAUCCUGGUGGGGAUUGCAACUGCAGUGCGCCAUUUCCCGGAGACAUGGCACUAGGUGGAGUGCCCUGAACCCAGACAUCGUGGAGACAUAAAGUAAACAAUUUAACCUCACUUUGGACUGUCAGAUGCAUCUUAGCUUUGCUACCCCAACUCGCUUUUGAUACCCCAAAACUUGCUGCCGGUCAUCCACAAAGCCUCAGACUACCUACCUACUCCAGGCCGUCGACACCAUCUUACAAAAACUACACCUUACGGUACUUAUCGACACCGUCAACAUCUAAAAAGGCUGCCAACGAUGAACAUGUUUCGCACGAGCCUUUCAAGAACCGCUACCCGUGCAGUACGCACAUUGUCUACCUCCGCCACCAAAUCAUCCUCCAUCCCUCUCCGCAUCUGCGGGCGUGGGACAGGCACCCAGCAGACCAUCACCAUCAAAGACAAGCCAUACAGCAUUCAAACCGAUACAUACCCUGUUCUCGGUGGCGCUGACUCGGCCCCAUCACCAGUGGCCUACAGCCUUGCCUCUCUUACCUCCUGCAACCAAGUAACGGGUGCUAAGGUAGCUGAGGACCACGGCAUUAAGCUUGGCCAGUGGAACGUCAGACUCGACGCCGUGCUUCCCACGGACGUACUUAUCAAGGGCAAGUGCGAGGGUAACCCCAACUGGGAGAGCGUUAAACUCUUCGUCAGAGUCCAGACCAACAUUCUAGAGUCUGUAAAGGGAGACAACUUGGAGGCUGAUGCGCGAUUUCGUCAUUUUGUCAGGGAGGUGGAGAGAAGGUGCCCAAUUACACAGCUCUUCAAGAGAAGUGGUGUGCAGUAUGAGAAUUUGGAGUGGUCAGGAAAUCCUGCUGCUCAGUGA